GGCUGUAUAUAAGAGACCACACUCCGGGUCAGGAGUCAGUCAGUGCCGAGCGUCCUCCCCUUCACCAUCGCUAUUACAACUUAUCUCCCUCACUCAACACAAAUUUUGACAAUGCCGUCCACCGUGGUCACCAGCACCCUGCCCGCUGCCACUGCUGUCAUGCAUCAGGUCGACGAGAGCCUCCGUACCCUCGGUUUCGAUCUCAAGAGCCUGGUCAAGGCGUUUGACCUGCAAACAGUGGGCCUCUUGACCCUAGUUGUAGUGGUGGGCAUAUUUCUCUUUGAUCUGCUCAACUACGGAUACUCUUCUUACCAAGACGACUCCUCCACCUACACUUCUUACGGCAGGAGUCUAGUGACCACCGCCGCCAGGGUGUGGGACCACAGGGAGCAGCUGGGUCUUAACCCCUACGUCCGUGGAGGCCGUGGCCUGGACUCCAUGACACAGAUCCUGGACUCCCUAGCCGACGCCGUCCUUAAGUACGAGGAUCUAGAGACUAAUGACGUCCCUCAGGCGAGGCAAAGCAAGGACCUAUAAUGAGUACCCUCUACGACAGGCAUGUAAUCAGUCGGGGUGUCGGACUGGGAACGUCAAGGGGUGAGCUGGUGGUCCAGAACUGCCGGGCGACUCACCCCCUCUUCACAUUUUGAUAAACGUCGCAGAUAUUUCAGUCUCUUAGUUACAAGGCAUUCUAUUCUACUAUAGAGGAAAAAGAAAGAAAACUAAAAUCGACAAAUUCGCUCAGGCUGUCUUCACCACUGGACUAUCAUGGUUAAGACCUCAUAUCGCUUCCUCUUUGGGCAAGCUUCGCUAACAUGAGUAUGGCGACCUUUGCUGGCCAAAGAUAAACGCCGCGUAUAUUCUACAAAAAUACUUUAACUGGUUGUAUUUAUUAUAUUUCAAUGUAAGUUACCUGUACUAGCAAUACACUUUGGCUUACCUAC